AUGUUUCGGACAACAGCCGCCCGCUCCCUUCCGCGAUCGUUGACCAUUACUCCCCGAACAGGCCUCUGCAAGAACGUCCUUUCAGCCUCGUUGAGAACCUCAGCUCGUCCAGUCAGAGCUUCCAGGCUACUGGCGCUCACGACCGUACAACCUACGCAAAAGGCUCUGGUCCGCUAUGCUACGAACAACGCCUACGCCUAUGACAAGAAGAAGGCAGAGGCAGAGUUGGGGAAGCAAUUGAUCCGUGCAGGCCAUGAGGGUGUAUCCACGGAAUCAUCGAUCCACCCCGUUACUGGCGAAGUUGGCCUCAAGGAGGAAGAGCAUGAUGUGGAUAUGAUGGCAGGGAUUCGCAGCGAUUUUAACACCAUUAAGGAAACUUUUACCCUCAGAGAAGUGCCCCGUGAAGCGCUCUAUGUUGGUUUGGCAGGUGUCAUUCCUUACCUGGCAACAUCUCUUACCACGGUCUACCUGUCUUUUGAUAUUCAAUACGCCGCCCACCACGGACAGGGAUUCUUCUUGUCCGGCGAGGUUGCUGAACAACUUUUGCACAUCAUUGAACCCAUCCAGCUUGGUUAUGGUGCUUCGAUCAUUUCCUUCCUUGGUGCCAUCCAUUGGGGUCUUGAAUGGGCCAAAUUUGGAGGCAACCAAGGCUACGGACGGUACUCUAUGGGUAUUGUCGCGACGGCGGUAGCAUGGCCUACACUUCUUCUUCCUGCAGAAGUUGGUCUUAUUGCCCAAUUUCUUGCCUUCACCUUCUUGUACUACAAUGAUGCCAGAGCCGCCGCUCGAGGCUGGGCCCCAUCAUGGUACGGAACAUACCGAUUCGUACUGACUUUCAUUGUCGGUGCUUCGAUUGUUGCCUCGUUGAUCGGACGUGGCCAAAUUUCGGAUUUGGUCACACGACCAACAGGUCCAACCGAGAGAUUCCGAGCACUCCGAGCUAAGCAGUACGCAGAGCUUGAAGCUGAGCCUGAAGGCGAAGCUGAGGAGGAAGAGGAGGAAGAGUAG